CAAACCUUUCAAAUUUUACUUUGAUAUCCCAACUUAUAUGUGGAAUAUUAAGUUUUAAUAAUAAUCAUGGAUUUCAUAAAGUAUUCCACAUGAUAAUAAAGAACAAGUUUUUGCGUCAUUUGAAAAAAUAUGUUUAAUUGUUCAAGGCUUGAUCAAACCUACAAAGCGUUGGAAAUUUAGUCGUUUAUGACGUUUUUAAUCACUUUUUAGCCAUUAUUAUCCAACGUUUAUUCAGCUGUAAUUCAACUAGAAUUUUAUAAACGUCACAAUUCUAUUGAAAAAAUAUUCUCUUUAAUUUUCAAUAGCUGAAUCCACUAGUAAUUCAACUGUUGAAUGUAACACAACUUUUUGAACGUUGGGUAAAUUUCGAUAGCUACCGAGAAUAAAGAUUUCAAUAAUUUUUAGCUGAGUCCACUAGUAAUUCAACUGUUGAAUGUAACACAAAUUUUUGAACGUUGGGUAAAUUUCGAUAGCUACCGAGAAUAAAGAUUUCAAUAAUUUUUUCAAUCUCCAAUCAGCCAACCAUGUAUUUUAAUAUACGUUUAUUGGUGACUUUUUCAACUUUGGGGUCGAUUUUGGUUCUGACAAAUGCUGUAGUGGAAGAAAGCGAGGUAACGAUAGGAAAGAUAAACGACAUUCUCUACGACUCAUAUGCGGAAGCCAGUGUACGUUUAUUAGGUGAAGCAGUACUCUAUGAUCCCAACUUCAAAGAUUUCCUGGGAGGCAAAACAGUCCAACAGUUUCACGACGACAAAAAGUUCUACGAUAUAUUCCAGAGCCAACUCGACAUCUACUACGUUGGCUAUCUGUUUUUCAACACCUAUCCGUUACUGAAAGACUCGGUGACCAGUUUCGCCGCAGAUUGGGUCAAACAGAACCCUAAAAACGAAGACCCCGCUGACGGUUACACCGUCGAAUUCAAAAAAGUGCUCAAAAAAGACGCAACAAAGAAUAAGGACAAAAUUAAUUUGGUUGAGAGUUUUGAUAGUAGCCCGCCGCCAGAAGAUUUGAACAUGAUCUUUGAACAGGUGCUGAAAUCCAGGGUGAGUUUGGCUGAAACGAAGGCAGCUGGUCCGCAAAAAGAUAAUGAUUAUUUUGACAAACUGUUUGCUGCUGUCGAAGCAAAGAAAUUUGAAAAUAGUCUCGACAAGUACACAGAGUGGCGAAGAAGGCUGUUGGCAGAUCUUGAAAAUGUCCAGUUGUUGGUUAGAAAGCUGUAUGCCAGUUUUAGUAGUUUGGAUGCUUUUGAAGACGAGGAUGAAGAUUAUGAAUGAAUCUGCGGAUAUAAAAACAAAUAUAAAUCUUUAAAAAGAAUAGCCUACUCAUAUUUAUAUUCAAAUUUAGCCCUAAAGAAAAGAAACAAUGAAUCUGCAGAUGAGUAUUGACGAUAUGGUUUGAAUCAGGGCAGGACUUUCUAUAUCCUUCCUAGUUUAUAGGAGGUCCUAAUCAGGGUAAAGUAAUAUAAAUUUUACACAUUUCUUUUUUCUGUUGUUUGAAUACAGCUGGAACAUUUCCAAUGCUUACAUAAAUUUUAAAAUUAAUACUUUUCAUCAGUACUGUGUGUAAUGUAUUUUAUCUCAAAUAAAACAA